AUGGGGUACAAAGUUGUCUUCACAGAUCACUCACUUUAUGGUUUUGCUGAUGCUGGAAGCAUUCACAUGAAUAAGGUGCUACAGUUUACUCUUGCAGAUAUUGAUCAGGCAAUAUGUGUCUCUCAUACAAGCAAAGAGAACACCGUCUUGAGGUCUGGGAUAUCUCCAGAGAAGGUUUUCAUGGUUCCUAAUGCAGUUGAUACUGCAAUGUUUACUCCCUCCCCCAAGCGCUUGAGCUGUGAUGAAAUAGUCAUAGUUGUGAUCAGUAGAUUAGUAUACCGAAAAGGUGCCGACCUUCUUGUUGAAGUCAUUCCAGAAGUGUGCCGUCUAUUUCCAAAGGUUCGCUUUAUUGUUGGCGGUGAUGGUCCAAAACGUGUGCGUCUUGAAGAAAUGAGGGAGAAGUUCUCCCUUCAGGAUAGAGUUGAGAUGUUAGGAGCUGUACCUCAUGCUCAAGUGCGAUCGGUUCUGAUAUCUGGGCACAUAUUUUUGAACAGUUCACUUACAGAGGCAUUUUGCAUAGCCAUUCUAGAAGCAGCAAGCUGUGGACUGUUGACAGUGAGCACUAGAGUUGGCGGUGUCCCUGAGGUUCUUCCAGAUGACAUGAUAGUGCUUGCAGAACCAGCUCCUGGAGAUAUGGUAAGAGCUGUCAAGAAAGCCAUUGACAUGCUACCUGGCAUAGACCCGCAAAUUAUGCAUCUUCGGAUAUCUUACUUGCGGAUCUUAGGCUCGAAAACUGUUUUGCCUAGUUAUGAUCAUCAACUACCUACUAUGGCGCCUUUUAGAAUUCAUACAGCAUUCGUUCUUAUCCACAUACAGGGUAUACCACAGCAUUUUCUCUGGAAGCUUCCUGUUUCUGAACUGUAA